AUGGCGCCGGCAUUUGAUUACCCGGCUUCUGAGAGCUCUCGGACUAGCUCACAACUCCCGGGCCAAGAGCCGGCAAACGACGAGAUGGCAGAUCUCGAGACAACGUACCAGGAGAGCACCAUCCAGGCAGGAGAGGAAGUCGACUAUUUCGCUGCCCAGCUCGACCGUUACAACACCGACUCGGCAAGCUCGACAACAGAGAGGCUUACCCAAGUUAUCAAGCUUGUCGACACUUACUACACAUACACGCGCAAAAGGGCCGACCGGUUACGCGAGCGCGAACCCCGGGCGCGGUCUGCGCGGGGGGGGAGCUGGCAAAGAGCUGCUUCGGCCGACAUUGAUAUGGAUGAGGUUGAUGAUGGCAACGAUGCCGUCUCCGCUGAAGAAGUGCGCCGUGUAGAAGAGGAGGCACAAACGUGGGAUCUUCUGCGGCGAAUUCUCCCUCUACGAUAUGGUAAUGACCAGGCCGCGUCGCAACCGGGAAACCCGGACGACGCCUCGAUUAGGAGUCGUAGGCAGUGGUGGAGCGAAUUUAUGGUCUCCGAUUCGGUUGCGCGGGAGAGGAAAGUUGUCCUGGAGUGGCUUCAAAGCGGUGCAAGUUACGGUACGCCAAUCGACGAGGUGGUGAGCGAGCUACAACAAAAUGCCGAGAGGGGCGACAUAUUGGCACACGGCUGGCUCCAUACUCGCCACAAAAUCAAACUUCAAAAGAGCGUCAAUGGCUAUCAGGGCGUGUUGGACCCCCACGACGCCGCUGCGGCUCAGUCACAUCUCGGCUCCAACACCCUUAUCACACAACUGGACCCAGACGCUGUCACCCGCCAGGCCCGCAAGUUGGAAUCACAGGAUGAGUUCUUCGAACGCGCGAUUUGGCUCGGAUGCUUCGAGAUGCUUCGCCGGGGUUGCUCCAUGUCUGAGAUCAGGGAGUGGUGCGCGGAGAGAACGGAGCUAUGGAGGGCCGCGUCUAUUGCACCCCUGCCCCUUUCCAACCCAGAUGAUGAAGAGCAACUCGAGUUCGAGCCAAGCUCCCUGGUUCUAUGGAGGCGCAUGUGCUUUGCCGCUGCUCGAGACGGUGGGACGGGAGAGUACGACAGGGCAGUCUACGGGUUGCUGGCGGGCGAUAUCACCAGCGUGGAAAAGGUGUGCAAAUCUUGGGAUGAUCUUCUCUUCGCACAUUACAACGCGCUUCUCAGGACGCAAUUCGACCUGCACCUUGCCAAAUAUGGCGGGGAGGCUGCCGGCAAAGCCGCGCAGCAAUUUCCUUCCUUCAACGCCGUUCUACACCACAGCGACCCGAUGACGGUUAGUAGGCGUCUGAUCGCUUCCUUGGAGACGGACCCAAGAACAAGAAAAGAAGCUCUACGGGCUGGAAAGGCGCUACAGGGGGCUAUUGUCUCCAACGACCUGGACCGGCACCUAUUUUACCAAGGUCUUGUGUUGUCCAAGCACGCGAAUAAGAAGCAAACUUCGAAGCUGAUUCCCAAGGUGACUUCACCUAUGAUGGAAAGCUUCAAUCAAGACAAGUUCUUUGAUUUGGCGGACCACGACGGCCUCCGGGUGCUUGCCCACGUUCUCAUCGUGAUCUCCGCCCUGGACCGUCUCGCCGGUUUCGACGAGGCGGGGGGCGCGCUGCAAAGUCGGCACCAGGCACAAGAGAACAUUAUUGCAGCAUACAUCAGCUACCUCCGGCUUGCCAACCUGGAGGAAAUGGUUCCUCUCUACUCUUCCAAAUUGUCCAGUACCCGGUUGAAUGAGACAUUGAGCAGAAAUCUUAUCCACAUUCUCGACAACGACGUCCGGCUACACCAGCUCACCAUAAUGAGGCAGCUAGGGCUCGACGUGGCCGAGUUCACCAAGUCUCAGCCUUCGAUCUACCUGGACGAUGUCCAGGACCAGUUGCUGCGCUGUGAGGCAAAGGGGCGGUUCAAAAUACUCGAACCUGGUCCCCCAACGCUCAAGUACGGCCGACUUGUGAAGCCUGAUUUCUUUGGCGAGGACGCCGAGUUUGUUGAUCAAGAGGACGACCUGAUCAUUCGCGCCAUGGGGUGGCUCAUGUUGGUCCCAGGCCAGUUCGUAGAGACAUGCACCUACGCUAUCCGGAUCUACAAGUAUUUGCUCAAACAGACAAGGUUACGCGCCGCCCGCGCCUUCAGCGAACGGGUAUCUGGGCGACAAAUUAUCCAGAAGAAGUCACCCAUCCCAGUGCGGGAUAAGAGCGAGGAUUCUGGUCCCGGUUGGUUCCAGGAGUUUGCUGGCGCUGAGUUCUCGGCCGAAUUCCUCGAGACAUGCCAAAUGAGCAAGGAGAAGCUCAUCAACCUUGUGCGAAAUGUGUGGGAGCUUGAGUGUCUCGUCCGCGCGCUGGAUUCGAUGGAGACUCUGUCGUCAUUGGCUGGGCUUAGCAGAGAGGAAAACAACACGACACGCGAGAUGUGGCAACAUACGAGCCAAGAGGUUCGGUCAGCCAAGGCGUGCAUGCAACCAGUCUUGAAGGGCUGGUUAUUGGUUUCGAACGAAGGUAAGAUGCUCGCCUCCCCCUCUUGGGUGCUAUGGGCUGACAGCGCGGCACUAGUGGACAAUGACUUCCAAGAGAUCCGCGAGGCCUAUAUCCCCGAGACAGUGCUAGCUUACAUCAGCUGCCUGCACUUUGCGGGCACAUCUCUGUCCCGAGACAACCUCUUGGAGUGCAUGGAGCUCGCGGCUGUGAUUGCCGAGAAGGAUUCAGACGUGGCCCGGGAGUUCCUCAGAAGCGGCAGAAUGAAGGAACUUGUCGAGGCCUUUGCGUCGUGCAGCAAGGCGCUGGCGAUAUGGACAAGCGACAAGAAGGGAUCGCAAACAAACUCCAAGAAGAUCAGGGAGAUGGGGUGGUCACGAGAACUGUGGUCUAUUAAACCAUAG